UGGUUGAGCGAGAGAGAGUAAGAGAGAGAGAGCGAGAGAGUAUAAAUUCAACAAGCUGCAGGAACAGACAGACAGGCAGUCAGUCAGGAUGAAGGUGCACCUGUUGUGGUCGACUGUUGUUCUUCUCUCUUCUCCUCUCCUCACAUUAUGUGACCCACUAUACGUUCUGUCGGCUCCUAAUUUGCUGAGGGUUGGUUCCUCAGAGAACGUGUUUGUGGAAGCUCAGGAUUAUAAUGGAGGAGACUUGAGAGUGAGGAUCAUGGUGAAAAACUUCCCUACCAAGACCACUCAACUGUUGGAUAAAACUGUGAUGCUGACAAGGAAAAAUAACUUCCAGAUCCUUACAGACAUAAAGAUUCCGCAUGAUGAAUUGUAUUUAAACAGUGAAGGGGAGAAACAGUUUGUGUAUCUACAAGCUGAAUUUAAUUCUAAUCUGCUGGAGAAAGUGGUCAUGUUGUCGUUCCAGUCUGGAUAUAUAUUUAUACAGACAGAUAAACCCCUCUACACACCUGACAGCACAGUGAAUUACAGGAUUUUCUCUCUGACUCCAAAUCUACGUCUCGGCACAUCUGGAAUCUCAGUGGGAAUCAUGAAUCCACAAGGUAUCACCGUUCAUACAGAGAGUGUUAAAUCAGAAAAGGGGAUGGCGUCUAAAGCUUACAAAAUUCCAGAGAUGGCCAUUCAUGGGAUCUGGAAGGUGGUCACAUGGUCCACAAACACCCCAAACAAGACGUUCACAGCAGACUUUGAGGUCAAAGAAUACGUCCUUCCCUCUUUUGAAGUCACAUUAACAGUCAGCAAGUUGUUUUUCUAUGUGGGUGACGACAAGCUAAAAAUCAACAUUCUUGCCAAGUACCUGUUUGGGCGGAAUGUAGAGGGACAAGCAUAUGUGGUAUUUGGCAUCAUGGACGAAGAGAGAAAGUUGAGCAUCCCUGACUCACUGCAGAUGGUUCCGAUACGUGAAGGAGUGGGCAGCGGUACUCUGACCAAGGACAUGAUACUUAAAACCACUAAAGAAAUCGAGAACCUGGUUGGGAAGUCAAUCUAUGUUUCAGUCAGUGUUUUAACAGAGACAGGCAGUGAAAUGGUGGAAGCACAAAAGAGAGGCAUACAGAUUGUGAAGUCACCGUACACCAUCCACUUCAAGAGAACACCUCAAUUUUUCAAACCUGGAAUGCCCUUUGACGUCUCGGUUUACGUGACAAAUCCUGAUGAGACGCCUGCUGAAAAUGUGCCAGUGGAGGUCAACCCUGGAGGGGUCAUAGGUCAAACAAAAGCCAAUGGCAUUGCGAAGAUCACCGUCAAUUCUCAGGCAAAUUCUCUAUCGCUCCAGAUCACCGUGAAGACCAUACACAAAGAUUUAAAAGCUGAACAGCAGGCCAACAAGAUGAUGACAGCUCAAGCUUACACUCCCAAAGUCAACUCUAGAAACUUCUUGCACAUCGGCAUCGAUGCUGCCGAGCUCGAGAUCGGCGAUCAAAGGAAUGUCAAUUUGAACAUGGCAAAAAGUUCAACAAUCAAAAAUCACGAUAUCACGUAUAUGAUCAUCAAUAAGGGUCAGAUUUUGAGUGUAGGAAGAGAGAAGACAAGUGAACAGUCUCUGAUCUCUGUACAUCUACCUGUAACUAAAGACAUGGUUCCAUCUUUUCGUAUUGUGGGGUAUUAUCACGUCGGAUCGGAUGAGGUGGUGUCCGACUCCGUCUGGGUUGACGUGAAGGACACGUGCAUGGGAACGCUCAAACUCAAGCUGAAAGAAGAAGGAGAAAAACAAGUCAACAUGGAAAUAACUGGAGACCCCGGAGCUAAAGUUGGGCUGGUGGUGGUUGACAAGGCUGUGCAUGUCCUCAACAAGAACAGACUCACACAGUCAAAGAUCUGGGAUGUGAUUGAGAAACAUGACACAGGUUGUACAGCGGGCAGUGGAAGAGACAGUAUGGGGGUUUUCUAUGACGCUGGUCUGAUGUUUAAGUCCAGCACCGCCGUAGAAACCAACACCAGAACAAUGCCUGAGUGUCCCGUCCCUUCAAAAAGAAGACGGAGAGCUGAGACUCUUUUGCAGAUCACCACUACACUGUCUGGAAAAUACUCGGGCGAUCUGAAAAAGUGCUGCGCUGAUGGAAUGAGAGAAAAUAAACUCGGCUACACCUGUGAACGAAGAGCCACGUACAUUGAAGACGAACAGGAAUGUGUCCAGGCCUUCUUACACUGCUGUAAUGAGGUGAAAAACAGCAAAGAGAAGUUUGGAGAGGCAGAGUUGGUUCUGGCACGCAAUGAUGUGGCUGACGAAUAUCCUACCGAUUCUGAUGAUGUGGUUUUACGGUCGAUCUUUCCUGAGAGUUGGUUUUGGAACGAGGUGGGAGUGCCACAAUGCGGAGAUAAAACCUGCGUAGCACCAAAACAGGUCAUGUAUCUGAAAGACUCUAUAACCACCUGGCAAAUCUUAGCCAUCAGUGUGUCAGACACGCACGGUAUCUGUGUGGCAGAUCCUCUGGAGAUAAUCAAUUUUGUAGAGUUUUUCAUCGACCUCAAGGUGCCGUACUCAGCCGUUCGCAGCGAGCAGAUUGAAAUCAAAGCCGUCAUUCACAAUCACACCAAAAGAAAGUUGAAGAAAGUACGCGUCAAUUUGAUUGAAACACCAGACGUUUGCAGUGCUGCCAGUAAGAAGGGCAAAUACCAAACAUUGGUGGAAGUCGAUUCCCAUUCUACCCGAGCCGUCUCGUUUGUGAUCAUUCCCAUGAAGUUGGGCGAUGUCUCAAUUGAGGUGAUGGCUGAAUCAUUUGACUUUGCUGAUAGAGUGAGAAAGAGCAUCAAGGUGGUGUCUGAAGGUGUGAUACGUGAGAUUGUGAAAAAUGUUGAGCUCAAUCCUGCCAAGAUGGGAACAGGUGGAUUACAGCACGUACCUCUAAGAUCUGACAAGCCGUCCGAUUGGAUUCCAGACACACCUGCUAACGUGUUCGUCUCAGUGUCUGGUGAGGAGAUCACUCAGACAGUUGAGCAGGCCAUCAGUGGACAUUUUAUGGGUCAACUUAUUGUACAGCCCGGCGGCUGUGGAGAGCAAAACGUGAUGUACAUGACUCUACCUCUCAUUGCCACUGUUUAUCUGGACAGCACCAAUCAGUGGGAGGCCGUCGGUGUGGACCGUCGUAGUGAAGCAGUUAAUCACAUCAAGACAGGUUAUCAAAACCAGUUGAAUUACCGUAAACCCGACGGGUCGUUUGGUGCCUGGUCACACUCAGAGAGCGGCACAUGGUUGACAGCAUAUGUGGCUAAAGUCUUUGCUAUGGCCAAUAGCUUUAAUAUUGUAACGGAAGAUGUGCUCUGCAGCGCCCUCAAGUGGCUGGUCCUCCACAAACAACUGCCAGACGGAUCUUUCAAAGAUGAUAGACCUAUAUUCACAAUAAACAUGGGUGGUGAUGUACGUGGGAAAGAUGGAGACGCUUCUCUGACUGCAUUUGUUCUGAUCGCCAUGCAAGAGGGCAGUGAGAUUUGUGCCGGAUUAAUUGGUAGUCUUCAUGACAGCAAGAGAAAAGCCGUUGGCUAUCUGGAAGGUAGACUUCAAUCAUUGACCAAUCCUUACGCUGUCGCUAUGACGUCUUAUGCCAUGGCCAACGAGAACAAACUAAAUAAGGAUGUGUUAAUGAAGCACUCCACUAAACGGGAAGCUUGGAUCGUCCCGGGUCAACAUUAUCAUUCUCUAGAGGCCACAGCCUAUGCCAUUCUGGCGCUUGUCAAAGCAAAAGAAUACGACACAGCAAGAGAAGCCGUGCGCUGGCUGGCCAGACAACAAUCUCACUAUGGCAGUUAUCAAACCACACAGGCAACCAUCAUGGUGUUCCAGGCAUUAGCCAAAUACCACACACAGGUAAGGGAAACGCUUCAAAAAGACUUUCGUCUGGACGUGCAGCUGUCUGUGGCUAAAAGAUCAGGUCGAGUCAGAUGGACUUUCACAAAAGACAAUCUACAUGCGACACGGUCGGACAAGCUAAGUCUAGGUCAGGACUUCAAUGUAACGGCGCAAGGGACUGGAACAGCCACUCUCUCAGUGCGCAUGCUGUAUUAUGCCAAACCGGCAGAGACGAUUAAUAACUGUAAAAACUUUGACCUAACUGUUAAACUCAAACAAGAAAAAGAACCCAGUUAUGUGGGAGCCCUUGAAAGUUACACACUCACUUUGGAGUUCUUCUACCAAAUGGACACAGAUGCCACGAUGACUAUUCUGGAUGUGGGUUUGCUGACAGGGUUUAUUGUUGAUGAAGGAGAUCUCCGAGAGUUGACCAAAGGCAAGGACAGAUUCAUUCAAGACUUUGAGAUGAACAAGGUUCUCUCAGAACGAGGGUCUCUCAUCAUCUACUUGGAUAAGGCUUCUCAUAGAGAAAUCGAAAGAAUCGUCUUCAGAAUGCACAAGAUGAUUGACGCGCAUUUGCAACCUGCUGGAGUCACCAUCUACGAAUACUAUUCACCAGACUCACGCUGUACAAAGUACUACCACCCUGAAAGACAAGAUGGCACUCUGCUCAGACUGUGUCAGGGAGAUGUCUGCCUUUGCGCUGAAGAAAAAUGCAGUUUACAAAAAAAUGAAGAAAUUCCUGAAGACGAUCGAUGGGUAAAAGCUUGUGAAAGUACCAUGGAAUACGUAUAUAAAGUCAAAGUGGAGGCCAUGAAUCUGACAGUGUACUCGGACAUCUAUAUAAUGAAAGUGCUAAGUGUCCUUAAACCAGGCACUGAUGAAGAUGUUGAAGGGAAUGAGAGAAUCUUUAUGAAUCAUCCCAGCUGUAGAAAAUCCUUGGAUAUUAAAAUAGACAAGACAUAUCUCGUCAUGGGCAAAUUUAUAGAUAUGCCACAGAUAAAUGACAGAUGGCAAUACAUCUUGGGUGAGCACACCUGGAUCGAGUACUGGCCCACAAGAGAGGAGAGCCAAAUUCCAGAAUACAGUAAAAAAUACAUCGGACUCUCCACACUCACCUAUAAACUGUCUACAGGAUGUGUUACAUAAACAUUUAACAACAGUAUGUUAAUACCAUAAAGUUAGGGAAUAUUCAUGGCUCUAAAAUAACUAUUUGAAUUAAAAAAUAACAUAAGAAUAUGUUAGCUAAACUUUUAAUUUGUUUGACUCAGACUAUACCCAGAUAGCAACUUUUUGCGGCCCACAUCUGGCCCACACCUUACUUCCCAUACUUUACUCAUCUGGCCCACAUACGGCGUGGAAUGAUGGCACUUGUGCGGUCCGCUCCUGUUUGCCAGAUUUGGGCCACAGGCAUGCCAAAGCUAUGCCACAUGUCAAACAUCAGAACAAAUAAAGCAGAGCUGAACCAAAUAUAAACAACAGUUCAUUUCAAUUUUGACCCAGAUUUAUCCCAAAACCAACACCUUUCUCUGCUCCUGUUUGACAGAAUUUGUAUUUCGUUUCAUUAUUAUUAUAGUGAUGAUUGAGUCUGUAGUGAUUUGCUAUCUAGGAUAGUGUCCUGUUCCUUGUCUGAACUACAAGUCAUUGUUAAUGUUCCUUUUGUUUGUUUGUUUCCUUGUGAAUGUCAGAGUAAUCAUUAAAAGAAAUAUUCAAAUGUA